AAGCACGGUUAUCAUUAGGCGUCAGAGUGUCUUCACGCUUUGUGAGGACAGUAACGUUUUAUGAACCAAAACUAGUGAAUCUAAUUGUGCGCUUGAACUGUACUGUACGUGCCACUUUCCAAUCCCGACAUGACGUCCUCAAUGAUUUCAGUAUAUUCUCCCUCGGGUCCGCUUUUGGUACCGGGUGGACUUCCACCUGGCAGCCUGAUUAGAACCAGAGGAGUUGUCAAUUCAGGAUGGUGUCAUAUCAAUCUUCAAACGGACGUUGUAGAUUUUCCAAACGUCGAUAUUCCCUUGCACAUUAGCAUUCGCCCAAAUUGGAACCAGGUCGUAACAAACACUUGGAAAAACCGCGCCUGGGGAAGAGAAGAGACAGACGGGGGUUGUCCGAUUCGUUACGGGCAGCGGUUCGAGCUAUUGAUACUGGUCUUGGCAAACAUGUUUAAAAUCGCAAUCAAUGGUGCCCAUUUCCGUGAUUACCAUCAUCGAAUGUCAUUAUAUUCGGUUCAAUAUAUCGGCCUUCAAUGUCAGAUCAGUUCAGUUUCCACAGAAAUUGAAAAUUACUGUGUUCCUGCACCGCCAUAUCCUAGAAGUCUCCGAGAUGGUUAUCGUAUAGAUUUCAAGCAACAAACGUUCACAGGAAAUGAAAGUUUUGUUCCUCAGCCGAUGCCAUCACAAACACCGGACACACCAGCGCCCGAUUAUCUCGUUGAUGAACCUGAUCUUAAUUCAACUGAACUAACUUAACGAUAACAGUACUCAGUAACAAGUAAGACGAUAACAGUAAAAUAAUAAACGACGGCUUUUCAAUUACCUUUCAUUAGACAUCAAUAAAGGUAUCCCACAUUAAAUUGCAUGACGGAAAAAUGCUGUAGAAAAUAAACUAGU